UUACAAUGGAAUUUGACAUAAAGGUGAAAGGCAUAACUCAUGACCUAAUUUUCUCACUUUCUUCAAACAAUAAUUUACACAGUAUCUACAGAUAUAUGCUUAUAUAGGUGUAAAAGCCUUGUAAAAAUGAUUCUCAGAGGAAGAAGACAGAGAGAAAAUGCCGGAAUACUGUGUAACUGGGGGUACAGGGUUUAUAGCAGCUUAUCUGGUUAAGUCCCUUCUGGAAAGGGGUCACAAAGUAAGGACCACAGUAAGAGAUCCAGAAAAUGUAGAAAAGGUUGGCUUUCUAUGGGAGCUGAAUGGAGCCAAGGAUAGACUCAAGAUUAUGAAAGCUGACUUGCUGUUGGAGGGAAGCUUUGACGAAGCCAUAGAGGGAGUAGAUGGAGUAUUCCAUACUGCUUCUCCAGUGCUUGUGCCCUACGAUACUAAUAUCCAGGAAAAUCUGAUUGAUCCAUGCAUAAAGGGAACCUUGAAUGUGCUAAACUCAUGCAAGAAAGCAAGCAGUCUGAAAAGGGUUGUAUUAACUUCUUCCUGCUCUUCAAUAAGAUACCGAUAUGAUGUCCAACAAGUUUCCCCGCUUAAUGAAUCUCAUUGGAGUGAUCCAAAUUACUGUAAAGACUACAAUCUGUGGUAUGCUUAUGCAAAAACUAUAGCGGAACAAGAAGCUUGGAAAGUAGCAGAGAAAAGUGGAAUUGAUCUAGUGGUGGUGAACCCUUCAUUUGUUGUUGGUCCACUGCUAGCACCUCAACCAACCAGUACACUGCUGCUGAUAUUGGCUGUCAUUACAGGCCGCAAAGGAGAAUAUCCAAAUACUACUGUAGGGUUUGUGCACAUAGAUGAUGUUGUGUCUGCACAUAUUUUAGCUAUGGAGGAAAACAACGCAUCAGGAAGGCUCGUAUGCUCAAGCUCAGUGGCACACUGGUCAGAAAUAAUUGAGAUGCUAAAAGCCAAGUAUACAUCCUAUCCUUAUGAAAACAAGUGCAGCAGCCAAGAAGGAGAUAACAACCCACAUAGCAUGGACAGUAGCAAGAUUAUUAAGUUGGGGCUUCCUCCUUUGAGAACACUGGAUCAAAUGUUUGACGACUGCAUUAAGAGUUUCCAAGAGAAGGGGUUUCUUUAAAGUUACUGAUAUCUUUCUAAAUGUCCUAUUCUGUUAUCUGACUCUGAAUCAAAUAUUCCAACAAUUAAGUUAUAUAAUAUCUUCAAUUAUUUUCAUCAAUAUUCUAUUAGUAUGUUUGAUAUGUUA